AUGUUCCUGAGAACGAUACCGGAAGAUCCACACAACCAUACACGAUCCACCUCGAAAAGGAAGGAGAACCAAAGGCGCAACUCGUCCUCUGAAGUUUCAGCGUACAUCGACCUUUACAGAAACGAGUCGAUUCCGCGAGCUCAACACGUCGAACACUCCAAGCUUCCUGUGGGAAAUUUGGACGAGACGCAUCACGCCCCCGAGCUGCAGGAGACAACACCAAACGCAGCCGAGCCCGCUGGCCAAGAACAAAAGACAGAAAAGCAAUCUUGGGCAGAUCUAGGGUUGGUUGAGCUCCAAACCAGUCCUUUGCACCAAUGUCGCAGCCCUUCAUCGUCCAACUACCCCUCGGAGGGUAUUCGUUCAGAGGAGUGUCUCUCUCCUGCUAGGACCACGAAAGCCAAUCCCAAGCGUAGUUUCGAUGGCUCCGAUAUCUCGCGGUACUGUCUGAGUCGAGCCCGAGCAUCAGAAUGGCUCCGUUCUACGGACUUGUCGGACGGCAAUGAGCGAAAUCUGACUGCUACACUCGAGGAAGAGCUUGCGGCCUUUGAACAUCAGGAUGGAAGUAUGACAGAGGAAAGAACGAAUACCGUUGCUGAGGACGAGGCCGGCCCAGCUCGUGAUGCAGCGUCCGAUGGAAAUAGAGGGAGCGUCGGAGAGGACGAGGACCGGUGUACAGCCAACAGAGAGCGGACGGCUGUCAAUGCUAUGGUCACUAGCGAGGCAGUGGCCGAACCUCAAAAGCACAACAAGUCCAAGAUGAUGAGGUGGCUUUGCAAGAGUUACAAGCAAGCAAAGAAGCGAUUGGUCAAAGCGAAACGUAAAGAGUAA